CCCAAAUCCCCAACGAUGAGGCUGCUUUUAUUCUUUUCGGCGUUCAUUGGUUUAUCCCAAUGUCGCAACAAGCAACAACCCAUAUCGCUGGUACCGCAGGCGAUCAGUGGCCAGCCGUUGAUUGGCUUCGGCACAUGGAGUCUCAAAGAGUCGGCGGAAAACACUACGAGUGCCGUGUCAAUCGCUAUUGAAUCGGGGUACCGGCAAAUCGAUUGCGCUGCAGCCUACGGGAACGAGAAGGCUGUGGGUCAAGGCAUCGCCCAAGGUCUUGAAAAGGCAGAUAUCCGGAGGGAAGAUGUGUGGAUUACUUCAAAGCUGUGGAAUGACCAUCAUGACCCUGGUCGCGUUGAAGAAGCUCUCGAUCGUACUCUUGAAGAUCUAGGACUUGGUUACCUAGACUUGUAUCUUAUGCAUUGGCCCGUGGGGAAGGGUCCCGAUGACAAGAAUUACCACUUCGACUACUUAACUACAUGGCACGCUAUGACGAAACUGGUCGGGACAGGCAAAGUCCGUCACAUUGGCAUCUCCAACUUCUCGCCCGCUCAAUUGAAGGAUCUGAUCGCUACCAGCGGAGUGAAACCCUCGGUGCACCAAAUGGAGAUGCACCCGUACCUGCCGCAGAGCGAUUGGGUUCGGGAGCAUCAGGCGCAUGGGAUUUCCAUCACUGCGUACUCUCCGUUGGGGAAUAUGAAUCCAACGUACGGCGAUCGCUCUCGUCGCUCAGUCACUACUCAAUCGAAAGCGCCCCUUCUUCUUGAAAACCACGUGAUAAAGGAAAUUGCCGACACGUCUGGUUGCACUCCGGCUCAAGUUGUUCUGGCUUGGGGGAUCAGUAGGGGAGUAAGUGUGAUUCCAAAGAGCAAGCACGCAAACCAUAUUCAAGAGAAUAUUGGUGCAGAGAAGUGCGACCUUAAUGCGGGUAGUCUCCAGCGCAUCGAUAAGUUGGGGGAGGAGCCGGUGAGGUUUAACAACCCAAGCAAAAGCUGGGGCGUGAAAUUGUUUGAAGGGCUGCAAGAUGCAUAA